UAAACAACAUGUCUGCAGAAAAGCUGCUGGAAUAAUGAAAGACGGUUAUUUUACACACAUCAGAACAUUACAGAAGCCUAAGAAGAAGAAGCCCGAGUCUUCUCCAGCAGAGUCUAACGCAACCGAAGCCAAACCCAAAAAGACCAAAACCAAGAAGAGCAGAGAUCUGUCGUCUGAGAACAGUCCUGUCACUCAAAAUGGAGAGAAAGUGACGAAGAAGAAACUACAGAAAGAGAAAGAAACACCAGAGAAAGAGUCCAUCAAGAAACCCAAAAGUGGCACAAAGAAGAAGAAGACAGGUUCUACAGACGACGAUGAUGAUGAAGAGGAAGAUGAAGUGAUUCAGAAAAAGACAAAGAAGAAGUCUUCAAAGGAAAAUGCUGAUGGGAAAGAAAAAGAGAAAGAAAAAGACAAGAAGACCAAAUCUAAAGAUGUCAAAGAGGACACAGAUUCUAAAAGCAAAUCUAAAGCAAAGAAGAAAGAGCCGGCCUCCAUGUUUCAGAUAAAUGGAGACAAGCCAGACACCAAGAGUAAGAAGAAAGCGGUUAAGUCUGAGAGUGAAGACGAGAGCGAGCCCGAAACCAAACCCAGCAAAACAAAGAAGAAGACCAGCGGCUCCAACGCAACGUCCAUGUUUCAGGCCACAGCCGAGAAAGACAAAGAUAAAGACAAAGACAAAAAGACGAAGAAGACUAAAGGACCUGCUAAAGAGGAAAGUGAAGAGUCUGAAUCAGAAGUGACACAAAAGAAGAAAAAAGGAAAAGGAAAAAAGACCAAGAAGGAGGAGAGAGCCCCGUCUCCUCCCGUGGAGUUUGAUAAUCUGGAGGAGUUUGUGCUUCAACCGGCACCACAGGGUGUCACAGUAAAGUGUAGAAUGACCCGUGACAAGAGAGGAAUGGACCGAGGCCUUUAUCCAACAUAUUACCUGCACCUGGACAAUGACAAGAAAGUGUUUUUGUUAGCGGGAAGAAAACGAAAGAAAAGCACGACCUCAAACUAUCUGAUCUCUAUAGACCCCACUGAUCUGUCCAGAGGAGGAGAAAACUUCAUAGGGAAGCUGAGGUCCAAUCUAAUGGGAACUAAGUUCACAGUGUUUGAUAACGCUCUCCAUCCGGACAGAGCUCUUCCAGACAUGUCCAACGCACGUCAGGAGUUAGCAGCCAUCAUCUACGAAACAAAUGUUUUGGGCAUGAAAGGUCCGAGGAGAAUGAUUAUCGUUGUUCCAGGCAUGAAUAAAGACGGCGAGCGGGUGCCUAUACGACCACGGAGUGAUAACGACGGCCUCCUCGCAAAACAUCAGAACAGAAACAUGGAGAAUCUGAUCGAGCUGCGCAAUAAGACUCCGGUGUGGAAUGAAGAGACGGCGUCACACGUCUUAAACUUCAACGGCAGAGUCACGCAAGCAUCCAUCAAAAACUUCCAGAUUGUCCAUAACAAAGACCCGGAUUACAUUGUGAUGCAGUUUGGCAGAGUGGCAGAUGAUGCUUUUACUCUGGACUACAGAUAUCCUCUGUGUGCCGUACAGGCCUUCGCCAUCGCUCUCUCCAGCUUUGAUGGCAAAAUCGCCUGCGAGUAACUGUUGAAAAAAACAGCAUACACUGGGUUAGGCAAGUUUUGAUGCUGGUUUGAACAUCUUAAAUCAGCUAAGACCAGCACAUGACCGGCUUAAACCAGCACUAACCAGCAAUCCAGCAUCAAAACCUACCAAACCAGGAUAUGCUGUGUUAGGUGUAUUUUGAUGCUGGUUUGACCAUCUUGAACCAGCUAAAGAUCAGCACGUGACCAGCUUAAAACAGCAGGUGACCAUCUUAAACCAGCAAACCAGCAUCAAAACAUACCAAACCAAGAUUUGCUGUAUUAGGUAGUUUUGAUGCUGGUUUGGCCAUCCUAAACCAGCUAAGGACCAUCUUAAACCAGCAAACCAGCAUCAAACAUACCAAACCAGCAUAUGCUGUUUUUUUAACAGGGACAGUAUCAACGAGCAUGCUGGGAAACGCUUUCACUCGGCACAUCUACACAUCUAUACCCAUACGUCUAUAAAUAUAAUGACACCAGAUCAGUGUGAUGUGUCUCUGCCAGAUCUUAAGGAAGGCUGUACACUACUACACAAAAAAAACUUUUCAAUGUUUUAAACUGGGUGUAGUGAACAGAAGAAGUUGAGAUGGUUUGAUUUGUGAUGUGACCCCUGGUGGUGAGGAGGUCUCAUGACACGAGAACGAGAGCUCACACAGGACUUUUUAAGUGAAAUGUGAGGAUUUAUUGUGUAGAUACAGUGUAAUGAAGACUAAUGUAUGUCAACAUGUAAAAGAGCAUUUUUAUAUUGUUCAAAUCAUUCAAAACAUGUUUUAUGCAGCUGAAUGUUGUCUUGUUUAUUGUAUGUGUUUGUGAUUUGUGAAUGUAAAGGUGUAUGUGAGAGAGAAAGUGUGUGUGAUCUGAGAUGAAAGCGAGAUCAUUGAUACAUCAUGUGUUCACACGUCAGCGUACGGAAGAUACUCAAACCUCAAAAGACUUGUAGAUAUUCUCCAGACGUCAUUACAAAAUAAUUCAUGGUGAAGUUGCGUGAAGUCUUCUCAAGUGUUUGUUCAUCGUGUGAUGUCUUGAUUUGUUUUGCCUUUAUGUGUCAUUGUAGUUUUUGUAGUUUUAUUGUAAGCAUCUGGAUGUCUUUGAUGAAAACACACAACUGUCUUUCAUUAAGACACAAAUACGCCCAAAAAGAUGAUCCCUUCGGUUUUGACCACAAGUGAAUGUGAUCAUAGAAAAGUUUGGAAUUGAAGACUUUGAAUUUGACUGGCCUGAAAGGUUUUGGGUUGGACUGGAACGUGACAGCCGUGUGCACUGA